AUGGCGAACAACGAUGGAGUGUUGGAAACAGCUCAAAACGCUGUUUUGGGGCCAUCUGGAGACAUUGGAGAAGAUGCCGUGCCUAUAAAAGGCUACGAUUUCAAUCAAGGAAUAGAUUAUGAAAAGAUUUUGGAGUCUUAUUUGUGCACAGGUUUUCAAGCAACUCAUUUUGGUAAAUCUGUUGAGGUAUGUUGCAUUUUUAACUAUAUAUUCUUGUUGUUUAGGUCAUUAACAAGAUGAUUGAAUGUCGGAAAAAGCCGUUUGAGGGCUAUGAAGAUACUUUUUCGUAUCCUGAAGGACGCAAGAAGACUGGUUGUACGAUAUUCUUGGGAUACACAUCAAAUUUGGUCACUUCGGGGUUAAGAGAGGUAAGUUAAAGCAAUUUUAGCAUGAGAAAUUUUGCUUUACUUGUAGUUUUAUGUACUAUAAUAUAGUUUAGACUUUUAGGUAUCUAGCAGAACACAAUCUAGUUGAUUGUAUUGUUACUAGUGCUGGCGGAAUUGAGGAAGACUUCAUUAAAUGUCUCAAGGACACGUAUUUGGGUAAGGUUUUGGAGGUAAUUCGAUGGAAAGCUGCGUUUUUUCUGGUUUAAAUUUGUUGGAAAUUAAGCGUAUUGUCUUAUGAAAGUUUAAGGAAAUGUUAUUUUUGAUAUUUGUUCAGUAUAGCGUUGUUUAUUGAACUAUUUGCAGUUAUGCUUCAUAUUAUUUUUGUUGUUUCUUAAAGAGUUAAACUUACAUUUUGUGAUGCUUUUUACUUCUAAUUUUUGACUUUCAGGGGAUUUUAGACUAGAUGGAGCUAAGCUACGCAAAAACGGGUUAAAUCGAGCGGGUAACCUUCUGAUUCCAAACCAAAAUUACUGCGAAUUUGAGACAUGGAUAACACCGAUUCUGGAGAAAAUGACACAAGAAGAUGUCAAUUGGACACCGUCAAAGGUAAACUGCUUAAAAAAGUUGACACUAUUAAUAUUAGGUUGUCCGGAAAGUUCUGCAAUAUUUAUUCACUUUUGA